UCAAGGUCAGUGAAUGAUUCGGAUGGCCUUUCAUCCUUCGCAUCAAGCGUUUUUGGACAAAGUUCUGCAGCUUUCGCAGAAAACUCGGCGAAGAGGUCUGUGUAUGAAUCGGAGGGCCUUUCAUCCUUCACAUCCAGCAUUUUUGGACAAAUUUCUUCAGCUUUGGCAGAAAACUCGAAGAAGUCUGUGUAUGAUUCGGAGGGCCUUUUAUCCUUCACACCAAGCGCUUUUAGACAGAGUUUCUUGGUUUUGGCAGAAAACUCCAGGUCGGUGUAUGAUUCAGGAAGCCAUUCAUCCAUCGUUUUUGGACAAAUUUCUUCAGCUUUGGCAGAAAAGUCAAGGUCUGUGUAUGAUUCGGAGGGUCUUUAUUCUUCCGCAUCCAGCGCAUUUGCCGAAAAUCAUUCAGUUUCAGCAGAAAACUCAUGGUCGGUGAAUGGUUCAGAGAGCACUUCAUCCUCCGCAUCUACUGGUUUAAUGCAAGACAUUCCUUCGGUCUCAGGAAUUCGUCCAUCCUCUUCAUCAAGCGUCGGACGGAAAAUUGUAUCAUCCACCAUUAUGUACAGAAUGUCAUCGCCUCCGGCUUCCUCUGUCUGUUAUUGCCCAUGUAGCACAUCAACAACUGCCCCUUCGCCAAGCAGGGCUGUUGUUUCCCCCACGCCCACUCCAUCAGUUGCAAGCAACAUGUAUCCCUACGGAUCGCAGCAAAAUGACAGUGAAUUCGGUCUGGACGAUUUUCCCUAUUACUACUCCGACCGCGGCGUGAAGAUCAAGACAGAUUGGAUUGGAAUUCCAUUUUUCUCGCAGAGGCAUUACAAGUUAUAUAUUUGUCGCAAUGGUAUAAUCCAGUUGAAUUAUGAGUGGAGCUGGUGGUGGCCUCGGAAAUUUGGUAUCUACUGGUGGUUCGACAACAUGGGUAUUAUUGCGCCCUUCUGGGCCACAAUCGAUUCUUAUUUUGCCUUCAAAUAUGGUCAUUCAAAGGUUUAUUAUCAAGUGUACAGCCAAACCAAAGAAACAUCAAAUGAAAUUCUGGAUAUGGCUUCAAAGCAUGUGCAGAACUACACCGAGGGAUUUGGCGACUUUGAGGCCACUUGGGUCCUUGUUGUGACUUGGGAAAAGCUCUGCCCAUACGUAUAUUAUCCAUACCGAUAUUACUACCAAAAUAUCAACGAGAAGAAUUUUACGUUGAAUUGUCGUCGAAGUAACACCUUCCAAGCUGUCUUAAUAACGAAUGGGUUUAACGCAUUUUUGAUGUAUAACUACCCCUCUAAAGGAAUACAGUGGCUGGUUGACACAGAGCCGGAGUACUACCGAUACUGGACCAACUACUAUGGUCUUCCUGUAGCCGGCUGGAAUGCAGGGGACAAUGGCAAAAAUUUUGAGAACCUGAAAGGGUAA